UACACCUUUCAGUGGGAAUCCUCUUUUCAAAAAGCUGCCAGCGUCCCCCUUGUGAGAGAGUGUGCGGGCCAGCUUUCACUGCAACUCAAGAGUCGACAAAAGAGAACCGAAAUAUGCUCUCCGUAAGCGGGACACGAGUUUAUUUCCGUUGACUCAGAAGAAGUUUCUUUGACUGCGCUGACGACUGAGACAGACUGCGCUGAAAUUAAAAAAAAAAAAGAAGAGAAGGGACAGAUUCACAAACAAACAAACAAACAAACAAACAGCUUAAAGUCGUGCAGGUGGUAGAGCGCACACGUUGACCGGGGGAACCAGAUCGCAACAAAGACCCACCGUCCAGACCUGCGCGUCUCACCUGAGCCUGACAAGAAAGCUUAAAAUGUCCCUGGAGAGUUAUACGGCGCUGGACGAGUCCUCCCUGCGAGCCCUGCUGGAUGGAACCGUGGAUCUGGACGAGAGGCGUCUCAUCCGUUCAGCCAUCCGUGAGCUGAGGAGGCGGGAGAUCGAAGACAUGGAGGCCGCUCUGGCCAGCAAGAGAUUUCGCCCCACGCGCCUCAAACAGCAGGAAGACAAGGAGAACCAGCACAGGUCAGAAUCCAGUGACAGCUUGGACGUGCUGUCGCGAAAACUGCAAUCAAUCCACGACAUUGAUGAGCUCACGAAAAUGCUCCGUGCUGCCAGCGAGUAUGAGGAGAGAAAAUUGAUCCGAGCGGCCAUCCGACAAGUUCGAGAGGAACAGCAGCAAGGGACUGCAGAGAGGGUUAAAGCUCCUGGUCGCUGCCCAGAGCCUGAGACAGCAGAGCCCCAGAGCAUCAGCGGAACUGGGGAGACAGAGCGGGAGAUUCGCGGUGAGCGAGAACGUAUCAGAUCUCACAUCCAGGACGUACGCGGCCAGCAGACGCAGCAAACCAGAGAGCUGCAGAGAAUAGGCUCUAAGUCAGGCAUGGUGCUGGUUCUCGAUCACCUGGUGAAGGACGAUGGCUCUGGACCUCUGCUGAUCCAGCCACAGAGAGAGGCUGUGACCACAGAGCCUGACCUGGUCCUGUCUCACCGUGAAAGGUCAGACUCUUCAGCUUCAGAUCGGAGUGCGACCUCGGUGCUUUCCAGGUCCAACAUGGCUUCUGUGGCAUCAGAGAAGAACCUCGGCUCAGCUUACAGAGCCCGGCUGGACUCUGGAGCCUCAGACAGGAGCCAAAGUCCCUCCCAGCGUGGUCGGCUAGACUCUGGGGCAUCAGAGAAAAGCAUCAGCUCCCAGUCCUACAUCAGACAGAGACUGGGCUCAGAUGUCUCAGACUCUGGCAUCAGACCUCGUUUCAACUCUGGGGCCUCUGACAGUGGAGGUCUUUUGUCAAGGAAACGGAGUGACUCAGGCACAUCUGACCAGAGUGUGAAUAUGUCCUCUGAGGUGAGGGGUCCAGGGGAGGAGGCGGAAGUAGGCACAAGUGGUUCAACGUCCGGCACAGAUUCAGAAACUGAGGGCAGAAGCCAAGGUCUAACCAGCCUCCAGGCUCGGUCCAACCAGGACCACAUCAUUGACCAGGACCAGCCUGAUGGGGCUGUUUUAUCUCGAAGAGAUCCUGCAAAUAGCCUGCUAAAUGGCAAUGCAAAGGGAAAAAUCGACUUCCAGGAAAAGAAGAUAACAAUUAACAGCGAUCUGCCCUCCACUCAUGGCAAAGCAAAGGAUUCUGCACCUGAGAAGAAAGAUGCUGUAUUGGAGAAAUUUAACCGCACCAACUCUGUACGUGAUCGAAUGCGCAAGUUCACAGAGCCCAGUCAAAGCCCAAAUGUCCCAGCUUUGAAGAAAGUUCCUGUGAGGAAUGGGACCACCGCCGGCAGCGGCAGUCAGACAAAUCCCUCCAGAGCUACUGAGCUGUUUACACACACAGCAGCAUCCCUCAGCACAUCUGGAGACCGACCAGCGAGUCUACAUGCGGACCUGUCUCACACCUCAGCCACAUCUCAGGGUCACGUCACACCUCAGCCAAGAGGUGUGGCUAACAAACCUCUGUCUUCAGCCAGCCAAUGGCAGAAUUCUGUGGGUGGGACCAGGCAUCCAGCUGAAAAAGAUGUGCAUGCCUCCAGUAACUCAGAGGAAGACAGGACCCCAGGGAGAGCAGCUGGACAGCAGGUCACCGAGGGAGAGGCAGACCCGGACAUGAAGACUUUCCUCACCAUUGAGAUCAAGGAUGGACGCGCCACCACCUCUUCGACGUCCUCUUCUAGGAGCAACAUCGUACCCAUCACCAACAUGGCCCCACGCAUCACCUCUAAUGCUCUGGGACAGAGAGCAGAGUUGACCCUUGGCCUCAGAGCAACACCAUUCAAAAUCACCUCAUCCAGCCUGUCCUCUGGAUCCUCCAUCAAGAUGGAAACAGAGCCUGUUGUUGCCUCUGAGCCGGUGUUUUCAGUUGCAUCACCAGUCCAGGUGCCGUGUCACAUCCCAGCCAUUCCCAACGGCUCCAGCACUCAGGCCAAACCCGAGGAGCGCACUGGAAAACUGACUGUUGAACAGCUGGCUGCUAUAGAGGAUGAAGAGCUCCUUGACAAAAUGCUCGAUGAGUCAAAAGACUUUGAAGAGAGGAAGCUGAUCCGUGCUGCCAUGAGAGACCUUCGCAAGAGGAAGAGAGAGGCCAUGCUGGGAUGUACUCAAGAGGAAAUAGACCAGAGAGAAAAGGAGCGCGAGACCCGUCUGCAGGAGCUCCGGCAGCAGAGAGAAGAGCGAGCGCAGAAGGGCCGCGCUGGGGCAGCUGGAGCAGAGGAGGUGGUGAUGAGGAAGGUGGAGAAGUCAGCAGAUGGCUCCAGCCUCAGCCAAGUCACCAAGACAGACCGUUUCGCCCAGUCUGAUGAUGGGAGCAGAUCAUCACGCAGCACUGUCGUCGAGUCCAGUUAUAUGCAGAAAACAGACAGAGGGACAGUCCAGUCAAAAUCAUACAGCUUCACUUCUUCCACGUCCUCCUCCUCUUCUAACACGAGCAAAAAAGUGGGCAGUGUGUUUGAUCGUGAGGAUGACACAUCGUCUCGCAGCGGCGGUUUGGCCGCUGUGGAGCGAAGGCAGGCAGAGAGACGCAAGGAGCUGAUGAGAGCUCAGACUUUGCCCAAGACCUCUGCCAUGCAGGCCCGCAAAGCCAUGAUAGAGAAGCUGGAGAAGGAGGGAGGCGGCCCUGGAAAUCAGGCUGUAGCCAAGGUAAACAAGAUCCAGCGUUCUACCAGCUUUGGUGUACCCAACGCAAACUCCAUCAAGCAGAUGCUGCUCGACUGGUGCCGUGCCAAGACCCGCUCAUAUGAGCACGUGGACAUUCAGAAUUUUUCAUCCAGCUGGAGUGAUGGCAUGGCAUUUUGUGCCCUGGUGCACAAUUUUUUCCCUGAAGCCUUUGACUACAGCACCCUGAGCCCCAGCAACCGCAGGCAAAACUUUGAGGUGGCCUUCAGCAGUGCAGAGACCUACGCCAACUGCAUGCCUCUGCUUGAGGUGGAGGACAUGAUGAUCAUGGGUAAAAAACCUGACUCCAAAUGCGUCUUCACCUACGUACAGUCUCUGGUCAACCACCUGCGCAGAUACGAGAUGUCCAUGGGUCGGCCCUGUGAUCUCUGACCUGUGCUCAGUGAAGCGUUCAGCCUCGACGUGGUGUCGACCCACCCCCACCCUGCCCCCAACUACUUUCACCAGCCCUGACCCCUCCCUUAGCUCCAUCUUCUCCUGAUGACCACCUCCACCCUGAAUGGCUUGGUCAAAGAGUUGCACAUCUCUGAUGGACAAGUUGGGGAUUGUGUGCGUGUGUUUGUGUAUCAGUUUGUUUAUUAUCUUUGUUGGCAGUGGUGACGUGUAUUCAUUACCGGGUUUCAGUUCUCUUUUGGACACGCAUUGUUAACACAAAGUUCACCUUUCUCCAAUGAGAGAGCGCCAAAGUUUUUAUAGGGUUACGUUUUUAAGCUUUAAGAUUUUACAUAUGUUUUUUUUGUACUCAAACUCAGCUUUGUACCAGGUGAUAUUUAACAUGCAGUGGCUGUGUCACUACGCUGGUGUACUGAAAAAUGCAUCAAGGGAGAAAAGAGAAAUAUUUUAUAGUAUUUCCCCUUUUAAUUUAUUUAUACUUACAUUUUUCUCUGCUACACUUUUGUAAUUAUUGUAAUUUGCUGUCACUGCUGUUGGUAAAGAAAAAUAUGCACACCCAUUUGAUGCAUUAUUUGGUCUUCGUUUCGGUACUUUUUCAUUUUUACCAAACUUGGGUAGCUUGAAGUAUUUUAAUUAAAUUAUGCUCAUGCUGAUGUAAACAGUUAGCAUAAGGUUAUUUAAUACAUGAGCACAGGGAUGUUCAAAUGGGUGCAACAUUGUUAUUGUUGCAGUCCAGUGCAGAGGGAUCUCACCUUUCUUAACUUUGCAGUGCUACUGAGAACAGGUUUCAGAUUUUCUGAACAUUGUAACCCCCCCCCCAUUACUGUAUCAUCAUAAUAUUAUUCUAACAGAAAAAAUGCUUGCAGUCCAACACAAUUUGCUCUGCUUGGCUGGCAGCAUAUGUGCAAAAGAAACAACACUGCCAUCAUCACCCAGCAUCACUGCCUUGUCCUGCCAAACACACUCACACACAGCUCUUUCAGAGGGCUUCUUAUUUAUGCUUGAGUAGAUGUUUUUGAAAUAUAUUAUUUUGUAUUUUGUUAGCGUGUACAUUACAUUGUUAAAGGUUUUGUCCAACGUGAGUCGAUAAGCUCAAUCUGCUACGAUGAUUUGUCAAACCAAUUGGGGUCAAUUUUUGGACAAGUCAAUGGGCCUGAUGAAAGCCGGCUUUCUGGUUUAAGUUUGUAAGUAUCGCUGAUUGAACAUAACUUCCAACUGUAUAUUUUACAGCAUGAAGCUAAGGAAAAUUUUUAAGUGAAGAUUUUUAUUGAGCUUGUGAAGUUGAUGUUUCUUUUGAGAACAUGUCUAAAAUCCAAUCAGAACCGAUUUUGGUGAAACGUAUAUGCGUAUAAAGUUCUGUUUCAGUAGAUUUUGAGAAAUGACCUGAGAAUUAUUACACCGCUGCAAGCUGAAAAACGAACACCUUCCACCUAGCAGUGCGUGAUGUACAUAAGAGCUUAAACGCAUUAUAAUUUCAUGUUUCUGUGCACCACAGUUAAAUGUGAAUUAAAAUUAAACCAACUUGGGAAAUCAACAA